AUGGCACCCAAGCCAAAGGCACCGUGCUAUGUCCUCGGCGUGGGCAUGACCAAGUUCAUCAAACCCCGCGGCAAGGUCGACUACACAGAACUGGGCUUCGAGGCCGGCGUCAAGGCUAUGCUGGACGCCCACAUCAAUUACGACGACGUGGAGCAGGGCAUCGCCUGCUACUGCUACGGUGACUCGACCUGCGGCCAGCGCGUCUUUUAUCAGUUUGGCAUGACCCAGAUCCCCAUCAUCAAUGUGAACAACAACUGCUCCACGGGGUCCACGGGCCUCGCCAUCGGGCGCCAGUAUGUGUCCAGCGGAGCUGCCGAUUGUGUGCUUGUGGUGGGCUUCGAAAAGAUGAUGCCUGGGAGCCUGCAGACCUUCUUUAAUGACCGCGAGAACCCCACGGGCACGACAGGUCUGAUGAUGGCCUCGACGCGUGGGUUCACAAAAGCUCCCGGCGCUGCUCAGAUGUUUGGCAACGCUGGCAGGGAAUACAUGGAGAAAUACGGCGCGAAGGCGGAGGACUUUGCCGAGAUCGCCCGCGUCAACCACGCCCAUAGCGUCAAGAACCCCUACUCCCAAUUUCAGGACGUCUACACCCUCGAUCAGGUCCAAAAGGCCCCCAUGAUCCACGAGCCCUUGACCAAACUCCAGUGCUGCCCCACCUCUGACGGUGGCGCUGCCGCCGUCCUCGUCUCGCAAGCCUUUCUGGACGCCCGCCCUCACUUGAAGGACCAGGCUGUCCUCAUCGCGGGCCAGUGUCUCGCCACCGACGCCCCUUCCCUCUUUUCCAAGAGCUCCAUCGACCUCAUGGGCCGCGAGAUGACACAGCAGGCCGCCCGCACCGCCUUCGCUGAGGCUGGUGUGGGCCCGCAGGACUGCAGCGUGUGUGAGCUACACGACUGCUUCAGCGCCAACGAACUGAUCACGCUUGACUUUCUGGGCCUGUCGGAGCCUGGAAAGGCCCACGAGAUGGUCCGCCGCGGUGAUAUCACGUAUGGUGGGAAGAUCGUCGUCAAUCCCUCCGGCGGUCUCAUCUCCAAGGGUCAUCCGCUCGGCGCCACAGGUAUUGCGCAGUGCGCUGAGCUGGUCUGGCACCUGCGCGGCUGGGCCAACAACAGGGCGGUGGCAGGUACCAAGUACUGUCUGCAGCACAACCUGGGCCUGGGCGGAGCUGCUGUGGUGUCCGUGUACAGGCGGGCAGAUGGGAGGGCCGCACCCCAGCUGGAUGAUGCCGCUGUGGGGAAGGUGAAUGGGCUGGGGUAUAAUCCAGCGACGCAGGCCAGGGGCUUCACGGAGGCGCAGGCUCGUUCUGUGAGGAGCCAGAGUAAGAUAAGUGAUUGGGCGCUGCAGGACACACAGGAGAAGGUGCAGGCUCGGUUCUAG